UUUUCCUUUAUGCUGUCGUGAUAAAAUUCUCUUCAUGCCACCAUUUCAAGCCUGUCAUUCAUUUAUCCAUCCAAUCUCCUGUCUCACUCAUUAUUUUCUUUUUCAACUUUGACCAACUCGAUAGUCACAGCAGCUAAUUGCCGCGUCCGAAAUCCAAUUGUUUUACUAUAUCUGUUGUGGCUAUCCGUCACUCCUUUCCCUUGCGCGGUCACGAUGAAGGCCUUACGAGCCAUCUUGUUCACCCUAGCACUGCUAGGCAACCUCUGCCAAGGUUCUCCCUUCGCGGUUCCCACCGAGGCGAUUCUCAUGUACAGCGCUUUCGUCUUGGACUUUUCGGCGAACGGGGCCUCACGCACACUGGCGCCAAAACUGGACAACACGGCCCUCGUCGACUUCGGGACGUUUAUCUCCACGGUUUUUGCGCAACGUCUCCCCCAAAGUGGCAUUUGGACAAGCAUGAAUCCGCAAUAUAACCAAGCCACACUGGACAAGAUUAGUGCCUCUCUGGAAACUGACAAGUACAGCCUUGUUGAACUUCUUGGUCUUGAAGAGGGCGCUCAACUUAAUCACCGUUCAACGCUCCAGCGAAUCGCCGACAUUGUCAAGUCCACACGCGGUAGCACUGCCGCAGGCUUUGCCGACGUCUGGAAUAACCAGUAUCCAGAGUUCAGAAGGGCGCUGGCCGGAACACAAGCCGUACGGUUGCAGGAUAUGUAUCGUACCAGCGUGAGCAUAUUGUGGGAAGCAGAUUUCCCCGACAAGACCCUCAAGGCCUCGGAGGUCGCCGUCCUGGACACGGAUGUUACCUUCCUCCAGCCGGACUGGAGCGCGACCGCUGCGGCGAACGGAGAAUCCCCGGAGGAGAUUAAGACCUACCUUACCUGGUACGUGAGUCUUUCAGGAAGAAGCGGACAAGAGGCCAGGAAAUUCAGAAACCAUCAAAAGAUUACCAACACAAUUGGACAGAGCUUGAGUGAGCUCGAUAGUGUGGACAGCUGCAAGGCGCGCUAG